UUACUUCCGCUGUGGCUCAUUUAUCUAGUGGUAAAUGGCGGUCGCGAACAGGGUGGACUGUAAACAUUUCCACGGUUAUAACUGUAACUGUCUAAUUGAAUUAAAGCAUGUACUCGGCUGUGUCAAACACGCAGCGCUGUUACAAGAUGUUUAUUUUCAACUUUCAGGUCAUUUCAUGUCCCGCGCUGACGAACAUUUCAAGUAGAAGAAAAAGAAAACGAAGAAAACGGUAACAGUCUCGGUGUGCCUCAUGGAGAACGAGGACGAGCACGAUGAAACGGACACAGAAUCUGAAGUGACCGAGCUCCGCCUGAGAGUGGAGUCAUUGAAGCAAGAGCUGAAGGAGUGCAGAGCCGAGCUGGUCAAGUUACAGAAGCAGCUGAGCCACUCCGAGAGACUGCAGCGGAGCACGGAGAGCUACAACGAAGACCUGAGGAAACAGGUUGACCAGUUGAGUGCAGAGAUUCAUGGCCGCAAAAAGAAAGAUAAAGACCGAAUCAGCGCCGAAACUCAGACGGAAGAACACGUAUGGACAGAAACAGAUUAUUACAAUUACUACUAUGGAGGCUAUAGCCAGCACCCUGAGGGUGCAGAAACCCAGGAGGGUGCAGAAGCCCAGGAGGGCGUAGGCCCAGCAGAAGCAGUGGAUGCAGCGGAAGGCAGUGUUGCAGCUGAUGGCAGUGUUGCAGCUGAUGUUCCACCUGCAAAUGAAGCGGCUGCUGCAGAUGUGUCGGAUCCACCAGACAGCAGCGGUGCUGCUGUUGAAGAGAAAGAUGAUGGAGGAUCCAUAGCUGAUAUGUUGAGAGCCACAGCUGAGGCAGCCAUGACACAGACUGGCUUUGUCUUUGAUGAGACUACUGGGAUGUACUAUGACCACUGCACAGGCUUCUACUAUGAUUCGGCAAGUCAGUUGUACUACGAUUCCAGUACAGGGAUCUAUUACUAUUAUGAUGCAGAGAGCGGGCGGUAUCAGUUUCAUUCAAAGAUUGAGGUGCCUGCAGCACAGGGUAGUUCAGAGCUCUUUCAAGAAAAUAAUCAAGAUGAAAAAAGAGUCAGAAAGCUCAAGAAAGGGGUGAAAAAAUCAUCACAUCCAGAUGAUCAGGAGUUCAAAUAUGAUGAUGGCAAAAAGGAACAAGAAGAUUGGGUUGAGCGUCAAACUCUCAAGAGGCAUGCAGAAUCUCGAAAACAGGAUCGAAGGUCACGUAGCCCUGAUGGGUCUCCACGCAGAGAACGGUCCUCUAAACGGCGAAAGGAGAGGGACAGGUCCUCCUCAAAGAGGAAGAAGAUGAAAAAUGGGUCGCAUCAUAAGGAGAAGAAAAGAUCCAGUAAGAAAAAGAAGAAAUCUAAAUCGGAAAAGCACAAAAAGAAAAAGAGCCAGCACCGGAGUGAAGAAUCAGAGGGCAACAGUGAACCAGAAGAGGGUGAAAUCACAGAGUCAGAGAAGGAAGACUGGGAAUCUACGCCUUCACCUUCAUCCUCUUCUAGCUUCCUAUCAGAGGAAAGCCCUGAAAAGGAGGCAGAAAUGGAUAUACAAAGUCAUGAAGCUGUCAAAGACAUCUGGCCUCCCUGUGUGAGAGUGACCGUGGUCAGGUCUCCAGUGCUGCAGGUGGGCACGCUGUUCGUCAUCACGGCCGACUCUCCGGCCACGUUUGGCAGAGAGAAGGAUAUGGAACAUGCAGUUCGAAUACCGGAAAUGGGAGUGAGCAAGUUUCAUGCAGAGGUGUACUUUGACCAGGAGCAGCAGAGCUACAUGCUGGUGGACCAGGGCAGUCAAAACGGAACGGUCCUCAAUGGCAACAGAAUAUUACAGCCCAAGACCAAGUCUGAGCCUCAUGCGCUGAUGCAUGGUGACGAGGUGAAGAUGGGGGACACAGUGCUGUCCUUUCAUAUCCAUUCAGGGACCGAUACCUGUGAUGGCUGUGAGCCUGGACAAGUGAUGGCUCACGUCAGCAAACACAGGAGGGAGGAGGUCACUGGUCCCGGCCCCACUAAGGAGGAUAAAGAAUCACUGAGACAAAAAGAGCUAAAGCAGAUGAAGGCCAAAUAUGGGCUGCAAGAAGAGACCAAAGCCCUGAAGAACAUCAAAUACAAGGACCGAGCGGAGUCCCGACGGCAAACGGUGGGCAGUGAGGGGGUUUACCAGCGAGACGAUGCACCAGCUUCUAUCCACGAGGAGAUCAAUGAAGUCAAUAAAGGCCGGAAGAUGCUGGAAAAAAUGGGCUGGAAGAAAGGAGAGGGACUGGGUAAAGAAGGAACAGGAAUGAGAAACCCGAUUGAGUUGAAAAUCCGAAAGUCUCAGUCGGGCUUGGGAGCAGGUGCUGCCAUGUCUGUGGAUGACAUGGCUUUGGUCAGGUCCAAAUCUCAUAAGAACUGGGAGAAAGCACGAGAGCGUUAUGCUGGUGCGUGUCAGCCCGACGCCCUGUCAGCGAAAACGCAGCAGAAGCCUCCUAAAGCUUGGGUAAGAUCAGAGGAGACGGGCACCUCUGAAUCCGCCUGUGAGACGGGCAGCCAGAAUGUUGAGUAAAAGUUGUAUGUGAGGUGGAUUUAAAAAGCUAAUGCGUGUAAGAAAAGUGUUUUUCUUUUAAGAAUUUUUUUUAUAUGAAGUGCUCAGCCAUGGUGAAACAUUACUCCAACAACCAGCUGCUUUUUUUUUCCUCUUUCAAGAAACAAACAUUGCCAUUUUAUUUUCUUUUCUUUCCACUAUCGACCAGUUGAGCACUGUGCAUGUACCAAAUUUAUAAACGCUGUGUACUGUGUCUUUACUGUUUUCUGGAAGGAGCCUGUAUUUAGCAGCUUACAGAUUCCACUGGGUCAGGGGGCACUGCAGCUCAGUACUUCCUGCAAGAGUGCCACCCAGAAUGAAGAACAUGAGUCACCUCAAGCAAAUAUUGACACUGUAAAGCAAUAUUUCUCCACAAUGACAUCAUACUCUCAUUAGACCACAGUGAAUGUGUCCAGAUAUCAUGUAAAAAUCAUGUCAAACCCGUCUGUAAGCGAUGUAUUUCACUCUGAAGAUGUUUAUAAAGUUGUUUCUGAGAUCUCACCCUUUUUGUACCAUAAGUGACAUGUAGGCUAAAAUGUAAAUCCACAUUCCAGUAAGAUCAGCAGACAAACACUUAGGUCCGUCUGUGUGCUCUCUUAUCUAUAGGUGUAUUUUGAGAGUGUGUGAAUAUUUGCAUGUGUGUGCAAGUUGAACAGAGACCGAUCUCACAUGAAAUGCAAAAGGAAAAACCUCUCUACAAAGACCGUAUUGAAGCCACUGUUUUGACUAUU